CCCGGCCCGCAAGCGAGCGGCUGGGAUUUCGUUCCGCGCACUCGCUUCCGCGACCCGCCGCCCCUUCGGGCCCGCGCGCGUCCAGCCACCGCCAUCGGACAAUGGCUCUCCCGCUCCAGCUGCUGUGAGCUUCCUGCCGUGGCCAGUGCGUCCGCCCGUCAGUCUUUAGGCCCCUGGCGGGUCCGUGCGCCCGGAACGGCGCGCGCUUCUCGCGCUUGGCAAGGUCGCCGCUCCGGGGCUGCUGGAGGAAGCAGCGGGGUCUCCGAGGGCCCGGGAACUGCCUGCGCCUCCGGGCGCCGCGCCUUUGCUCCGGCCGGGCCCGUCCGGCGGCUUCUACACUCUCCCGCCCGAGCCGGCUUCACCCGCCCCGCCAGCGGACGCUCGUUGCCUUGUUGUGGGUUUCCGAGUUUGGUUGCUCAAGGAGGAUGUGAUUUUUUUUUUCUGUGUGCCUAUUUCUUUUUCCUUUUAUGAUUUGAAAAAGAAAAAAGAACUCUGCACAGCAAGCCGGAGACUGAGAAGCUCCACCAGCUGCCCCCACGUGGACGCACCCGUGGGGGGAAGGGAGUUGGAGGCAAACUUGCGCCAUCUGGCCUUUAGGCCUGAACUUCAGCGGGACGCUAAGGCCUGGGGCCAUGACCCUCACGCUGGGGGGGUCAAAUUCUUUACCUGUUUUGGACUGGACUUGAGCACCUGCCCUUUGCUACCAUCCUCCCUUUCCCUCCCUGAUCCCCUCACCCAGGCACCUGGUCUAGACGGGAGCAGGUGGCUGCAACAUGGAUAAGUACGAGGAUCUGGGCCUGGAGGCCAGUAAAUUCAUUGAGGACCUGAACAUGUACGAGGCCUCCAAGGAUGGGCUUUUCCGAGUGGACAAAGGUGCAGGCAACAACCCAGAGUUUGAGGAGACCCGCAGGGUGUUUGCCACCAAGAUGGCCAAAAUCCACCUCCAGCAGCAGCAACAGCUCUUGCAGGAUGAGACCCUGCCUAGGGGAGUCCGAAGUCCAAGCAAUGGAAGCAGCCGCCUGGGCCCAGAGGCCCACCGGGAAGCUGGUGUGGGCAGCAAGCUGGUCUUGGAUGGUGCUGCGAAGCCCCCUCGCGCUGCCCCUUUGGUGGCACCUGGGGUGGCCACCACGAUUGCGUCUGGGCAGCCUUUGAACCCGUCCCAGGAGCAGAGGGCAAGGCCGCAUGCCCAUGGUGGGAGAUAUGGCAGCCAGGACUGUGGUUCCAGGGAGAGCCUGGCAAGUUCUGAAACAUCUGCUUCCCACCAGCUGGGACCCUGUGAGGAUCCUUCCUGCCUCACUCAUGGAGAUUAUUAUGAUAACCUCUCUUUGAAAAGCCCAGAGUGGGGUGGUGAGCUGGGAGUGUCUCCUAGCACGCGGUCAGGUGUAGGGAGUGGGUGGCUUAGGCCCCCAAAGAGUGACCUGCCGCUUCCCAGAUCUUCCGGAGACCAUCACUUAUAUCAGCAGCAGCUGUCCCCCAUCUCCAGCAGGUCAUUUGAGAGUGACCUCCAUGGCCAGGAUGGUGGUGUUGGUGGCCGUGGCAAUGUGAAGCCAGCAGGCCCUUGGUCUACUGCCUCCAACCAGCGGGUGAGCCCUGGCCUCCCUUCCCCAUGCCCAGAGAAUGGGCCCCUCCUGGAGGCCCCUGGGCCGAGGACCCCUUCCUUCUUAGCACCCCUGGCCCUCAGUUGCCCCAGUCAAGGAGCUCUUCUGCGAACAAACUCGGGAGUGGGGAGUGAGGUUUUGGGUGUGAUGUGCAAACCCACUGUGGACCGUCAGCCCUGGUUCCCGGAUGGGCCCAAAACCUACCUUUGUAGUACUGCCCCGUCAUCUUCGCCUGACCGCAUGGACAGUCGACGGCCGGGUGUGGACUCUGGGCUGGGUCCCAAGCCAAGCCGCACAGACCCUGGAACUGGUCCCAAGCUCAGCCCCAACAGCCUUGUCCCUCCAGUGAUGUCCACCCUGCCUGAGUUAACUUGUGAAGAGGGUCCGCUUGGCUGGUCCCCUGAUGGCAGCCUGGGGUCUGUGCUCCCAGGGAGCCCCAGUCCCCCCAGGGUGAGGCUCCCCUGCCAGACCCUUGUCCCAGGCCCUGAGCUCGGACCCUCAGUCGCUGAAUUGAAAUUAGAAGCCCUCACGCAGCGUCUGGAGCGCGAGAUGGAUACUCACCCGAAAGCUGAUUACUUUGGAGCCUGUGUGAAAUGCAGCAAAGGGGUCUUUGGGGCCGGCCAGGCCUGCCAGGCCAUGGGGAACCUCUACCACGACGCGUGCUUCACCUGCGCGGCCUGCAGCCGGAAGUUGAGGGGAAAAGCCUUUUAUUUUGUCAACGGCAAAGUGUUUUGUGAGGAAGACUUCCUGUACUCUGGUUUCCAGCAGUCUGCUGAUAGGUGUUUUCUAUGUGGCCAUCUGAUAAUGGAUAUGAUCCUGCAGGCCCUGGGGAAGUCCUACCACCCUGGCUGUUUCCGCUGUGUCAUCUGUAAUGAAUGUUUGGAUGGGGUUCCCUUCACUGUUGACUCAGAGAACAAGAUCUACUGUGUCCGAGAUUACCACAAGGUGUUGGCCCCCAAGUGUGCAGCCUGUGGGCUCCCUAUCCUUCCACCAGAGGGCUCAGAUGAGACCAUCCGUGUUGUGUCCAUGGACAGAGACUACCACGUGGAGUGCUACCACUGUGAGGACUGUGGCCUGGAGCUCAAUGAUGAAGAUGGCCGCCGCUGCUACCCGCUGGAGGACCACCUGUUCUGUCACUCCUGCCACGUCAAGAGGCUGCAGAAAGGCCCCUCGUCAGCAGCACUUCACCAGCACCACUUCUAGUCAGAGCCUCUUACAGACGUCAUGGCGGAUGCAAAGCUGAGGCUUCCCCAUGAGACAUCUGCUGAGGAAUUUCCAGUUGCCCCUGGAGUGGAAUUGGGGUGGGGAGAAGAGGGGUGGGCACGUGAGAUCCCGCAGGUUUAUGUGGAGUGCCUGUUCAGGGAGGUGAAACCUUACCUGUCUGGAAUGUGUAUUUUCCUUGUGCCCUUCCCCGCUGUCACACCAUCAUCAGAUUACUCAGGAAGACGCUCCAGCAGGCACAUGGCAAGAUGGCAGCAAUGAAACUGAACAGACCUUCCUGUCCCUUCGGGGAAUAAUUCAUGCUUCAAAGGGAGAGGUUUGUGUUGAGCAUAUUUUGCAAUAUCCCCUGAAGAGAAAAUUCAGCUGCCAAUGCAUUCAACCCUUUUGUCAUCCAUUUAGGAAAAUACUUGCACCUAAACACCCACCCAUCCCCACCCACCCCGCCACCCCCACCCCACACACAUACACCCCACGCAAAUACACAUACACACACAGAACUCAAUUUAAGACUUCCUUCCGCCCCAGAGCCUCAUCCUUCUCUAGACUGGCUGUAUGUUUGAAUUGUGUUGUGGCAAGAGGGAAGCUCUGACAUGUGAUUUGUAUCGUAGGAAGAAUUUACUUGGUGAACCAGAACCAAGUUUUGAAAUAAGCGAGGCAGGAUUUCCUCCUUGUACACUGACAGCAUUGUGUGUGCUCCUGCAUAUCUUCACUCCCCCAAAGGCAGUGGGGGCCCUAAGGAGAUUUGCCCUGUUUUGAGCAAAGCUGGCUUUGGGAGAAGGACUUGGUGCAGGCACCAGGCCUCUUUUGCCCACCUGUCUGUGCUUCUUUUUUCCCCCUCUCUGGAGCUCUCCAGAGUCUGUGACUUUGGAGCCACUCCCCAAUGACAGGUCUCAGGAUCCCAUUAGGGAACAUCUCUUGCGGCUCUUUUAACUUAUUAAAAAACAGGCUUUCUGGAAGUCCUGCCUGAAUACCGAGAGAGACCCUCUGAUAAAUGACGAGAGUGUUUUGUGUGUGUGAGAUCUCUAAGCUAGCAAUGGAGGAAGUGCCUCAGGAUAACUUAUCUUACUCAUUUCACCCGUUUCUCUCUUGCCCAAUUUUUGGCCCAGGCAUUAUGUUUGAAGAAACCAGUAUAAGGUACACUGCUUUUGUCUGUUUUUUGAUGUUUUCUCCCUCACUUUCAGUCUUCACACACACAAAAAUACCUCACUGAUAGAGCUUCGCCCAUUGCAGAUGAAGGAGGGAUCAGGCCAUCACACUGGGCUCAUAUACCUUCUUGGGUGUGUUAGGAAUCACUGGCUUCACCCAGACAGGACUCUGGUGUGUCAGGACACUAGGAUCUUAACUAAAGGUCAGUUGGGAAUAGAUCCGAUUUAAAUUCAGUACUGUUGCCAUGUGCAUUUCAUUCUGGCUCCCGGGUUGGCAAGGGCUAAGGGAGGGCUACAUACUGGCAAGAUUUCAAGGCCACGUUUGCAUGGAAGACACGAAAUUUGCCCUGCAAGUCACACUCCUAAGGCCAAAGGCCAGUAACCAUUGGCAUUUCAAUUAGAAGUAGCAUCAAAAAAAAAAAGAGCUGUCUGCUGUUUGUCUCCGUCUUUGCAGAAGGGCCCAUGAGUUGGUGGCACAGGGCUAGGGAGCAGCUUGCCUUUGCCAGCCAGGUUGGGAGCACUGGGCUCUGGGCUGCACUCAGCCAUCUCACCUCACACCCAGAGCAAGAGGACCAGGCAGCUGGGAUCGCGGAGGGUGGUCGGUGAAGCCCACAGGCACAUGUGAACUUACAGACUUUUCACUGGGCCCGGUCCCACUUCUAGGCCAUGCUUGACUUGUUUGAUAGCAGUUGCCUUUAGGAACUUUUUGGCACAAUGGAUUGUUUUUUCCAUUUUUAUUACAUUCAUUCUGUCGGAAUCCUUUGGCCAAGUGUCACUUUAGCCUGGCUAUGUGCUUUCCUUGGUUCCUUUUCACAGGCUCAGGCUUGUGAAACCCUGUAAGUGCAAGGGGCUGAGCCCAACGAACUUAGGGUUGCACCUGUUUCUUCCCACCAUUUAGCAAGGCUGUGGGCUAAAUGAAGCCAGUGGCUAUAUCUUAACCUGCCUCCACCAACCUAGGAAUGUUUCUGGCCUUGUCAGCAGAACUUUGCUCUGCUUUCAAGUCAAGCAGAGUGAAGAAAAUUGUCUUGGAGCCACAUUUAGGAAAAGCAGGGAUUUGCUUGCAAAUUGGGUAGUUAACAAUCUGUAUUUAAUUGUGGAAAUGAAUUUUUAAAAGUGGACUUGACUGAAGUGAUUCAGAUAUCUUGGCAAUUAUGCCAUUUUAUAGCAUUGAAGAACAAUGAGAGAAUUUCCAGGCAUCCUAGAAAUUCUAGAAGUAGACUUCUCUCAUUGUCACUUUCCCUGGAGAGGGUACAUGGGUAGGAUUCCUGCGUAGGUUUUGUUUCUCUUGUAAGCAUGCCACUCCUCAGACCCUUGCAUAAAAGUCAUGAAGAGGUAUCCACCUAUCUGUUAUUUUAAACAUUAUAUAAAUUAUUAGCCAAAUGGAACUACAAUGGGAUUCUAUUUAUGGGUACUUAGAAAGAAAACACAAGUACCUGGUAAAUCAGAGUUAAUGUUUGUUUUAAAAGUAGAGCAGAGACCUUUUUGAGUUCCCAAGACAACUGUUGGGCUCUGGAGAAAAGGAGGAGUACUGUGGCCCGAUUCCAGACUUCAUAGCCAGCCUUCUUUCCUCAUUUUGCCCAUUUGCUUUUUUUUUUCAUCUCCUGGACUAUUUUUCCCUCCCCCCAACCCCCUCCAGUUUGGGACAUUCAAAAACUGCCUGGGUGGUCUGAGAAAAGCCAAUAAUCCGGUUUGGCCUACUAUACCAGAAUUCUCUCUUCUCACACUCCUGCAAGUCACACUCCUGAGGCCAGUAACCGCUGGCAUUUCAAUUAGAAGUAGCAUCCAAAAAAAAAAAAAGUUGAUGUUAUUUCCCCAUCUCUUGUUGGGUAAAGAGUGUUUUAUUCAUCUGUUACCACACAAGGGCAUUUAGUCCUAUUCAGGCCGUUGCCAACAAAUGGCAGUGGGAUUUUCCGUUUCUCCACAUUGUGAGUGCUGUAGUGAAAUCCUCUUUCAGCAGAGUCCACUGAGGUUAUGUGGGUGAGUCUUGGAUGGUGAUGGGAUAAUCAAGUUUUGCUGACCUUCAAGAGCCAUGGACACAUGCCACAGUGACAAAAUGAAAAACAGAAACAUUAGGACUUGAGAGAAGAAUUUGGGAUUCACAAUCCUUUGCAGUCCUUCAAAGGCUACUUUGUGGUGCCAUUUCCCAUAUGAGUGAAAAGGAAGAGAGCUGUGAGAACUGCUGGUUUCCUUGCAAGGGAUGUAUGCAAGACAUGGUGCCCCCAGAUCAUUGCUGCCUGAUAAACUUGUUAAAACUCUGUCUGCCAGGAAACCAAAUUCUUUGCCAGGAAUAAGUCCUAAUUUCUCAGUUACUAUGUCAAGUAACUUUUUAAAGUAGUAGGAAAAAAUGAAUAAAAUGUUAGUUAUCUAUUGUUCUGAGCCAGAACUGGACAGAUGUGGGAAGUUUCCAAAUAGUGUAUGAAAAUUUCAUUGUGCAGGGAAAUUAUUUUCCUCUGUAUUUCUUCUUUUACUAUAAAAUUAUUCAAAAUACCAUUCCUAUAAAAUUAUUAAAAAAUUUACUGUUAUAAGUUUUUUCAAAAUAUGACCAUAAAACUGCAUCAAUCUGUAGACUAUUAAAGUGCUCUCUAACAUAA